AUGUACGAAGCCGACAGCGGCGGAAGCACCACCCUGCCCAAAACCUUGGCAACAACAGGCGAUGAAUUCAUCCAAAAUGCCCAAAGUCUCAUAGCACGCAGUGCCAAGCUUUGCGCUGAGCUUGAUCGACUACGAUUAGCCGUCGAAACAGAAGCCGAAAAAGUUAAAAACCACUGGCAUGCUUACAUCCCGGGAUUCAGCACCUUUUGGCAGUCAAAUGCAAACCAAAAGAUUCGAGCAGAGUCACUAUUGCAGCGUCUGGAACAACCAAUCAAAAGUGUAGAAGCUGAGGGAUCCCUCCAUCGUGAUUUAAGGCUUCUAGAGGGUGAGUUAUUGUCGUAUGAGAACCAUUGGGCAGCCAUCAAGAAGUGCCACUCGGUGACGUGGUUCCGUUAUGCGGUGCCAUACAAAAAGCUUCCCGGAGACAUUUCAAGCUCCGUAUUUGUCAGCGCCAUUGUCGACAAUGGGCAUGAAUGGAUGAGGGUUCUUAGUACGACCGAACGAGUUCUGCUUGUUCAAAUGGCUGAAGCCGAUUUUCCUUGGGAUGAGCCCGAUGGCGAGGAGGAUACUGAGUUGAAAGAAGUCAUUGAUGACGAGGAGACCCAGGUCGAGGUCUUGAAAACCGCAAAACAGCUCUUGACUGCUGCCCGAGAGAUUCAUGGGGGCUAUUCACAUCGCAUACGAAUAGUCCUGCCGAAUAUUUACAAGGGGAGCCAACCAGCCAUAGACAGGCUUCUACGGGGGGUGAAGAGCCUGGGUGACGAAGUAAUCCAGCUCAAGUUAGAAUGCGCUGAUGAAAGCCAUCACCCUCCCCCACCUCUUGAAACCGCGAUUGCGAAUCUUUUGAGUCUGGGAAACUCUGACCAUGCACCUCCUUUGACACCAAUUCUCAACAUCGAUACCUCUAUCUUUGUUGCGUUAACAACAGACAUCUGUCACAACCACGGCAAUCAGAGAAAAUGGCGCACCAAGAUCCUGGAAGAUGUCGCUGACGAGACCGAGCACGGCCCAAGGCUUUCCAAGUCUCUAUAUCCAAAACUUGGAAACCGUGUCCUCGUAUGCACCAGAGAAGCUGCAGAAACAUGUCUUCGGAUGGUAUACGACGCUUCCACAGAUGAAGAAGUCGCCAGGCUGGAGAUUCUCCUCGGACAAGAGAACCGUAGAGGCAAGCAAGACGACAAAAUGUCCUUUCUCAAGCGGGUUCUGAAACAAGACGGCUGGCCAAUCGAAGCGAAAGAUGAUGCGUCAACCGAGGAGCGACGACAGCGGCUUAUCGCUGAGCUUCAAAAGUUCUCUUGUCACCCAGUGCCCGGUGAACUCCAACUGCCAAUUCGUAUUGUCGAGGAUUUUCGAAGGGAGGACGUUCGAGAAGAGGUCGUCAAAGGGAAUCUGCCAAAAGUUGUUUUGGAAGUGGAGCCCACCCUUAACGAGACGAAUUGUUCAUCGUUCAUGUUCGGCUGGAAAACAGGCUACACCACCAUCACCUGCAAUCGUCAUGCGGUGAGGCGGCUGGGAAAUCUCGUCAAGAAGCUUCGCUGGUCCAGAGACGCGGAGAUUGCACAAAUUCUUGCGCUAGAUUGGGCUAGAGGGCUGGCGAAAAUUCCAUUUCCCGGUGAAGUAUUGGUCGAAGGUCCAGGGAAGGUUGCCUCAAAGUCGACACCGUGA